UGCUGAUCAAAUAAUUAAUACGAAUGAAGCCGAAACAUCCCCUUCGCCGGUUGAACUGACCUUUUCCUCCCCACUUGAUGAUGUCAUCAGUGACACGACGGCGGAAUCUGAAACCUCUUCGCUCACGACAGUCACGACCUUCAUCCCUUCAUUGUCAACUGACUCAACAGUUACUUCAACGCCUACACUUUUGACAGAGCAGAUCAAUUCAGAAACUACCACAUUAACAACUUCAACUACAACUACGACGAAUCCACCAGCAACCACAAAAUUUGGCAAUGGAUCAAGCCUUUUGCCUCCGACGACGUGUGCUCCGUUGCGCCACUUCUGUUGGAUGUCGAAUUCUACUCGAUGUGAAAUAAAUCAAACGGUCAAAGAUUUGCUGUACGAUUCUCCACAAUUGUCUGACAAAUUUGGAUACCUGAAAACAAUGCAGAACAGGACUUACUACGUCGGAAAUGUCGAUCAAGGUGGAAGGAUUAACCCCGUUAAUGUGUACAAAAUAUGUUGUGAACGCGGGUUCAAAAUGUACGAGCCUUCGAGCAUUGCGCAGAUGAAACUGACCAGUCAAAUAACCGGGAAAAGUACUUUAACUGUGCCGACCGGCGACACGGAGUCGAUCAACCAGACGCACGAAAUGUGGUGUCGCAGCCGCCAAAUUCUGCCCGACUCUUUCUUCAACACUGGGCCGUCCGCCUUCCGGUACCCUUGCGUCGAUGAAAUGUUGAUGGGAGUGAACAAAAACAACUUCCUGCUGCAAAGAUAUAAAUACUCCAGCCCUAUUCUCUACAACCGAUUCCUCUACCCCAAAAAUUACACACCUGUUACCAAUUACUUUCUUAUCUUUUUGUGUGAAGAACCAUAAGGUUGAGGCAAAAAUUGUAUUUUUACCUCUUCAAAUUGUUUGAACAUGUUGAUUUGUGCAAGGGUUUUCCUCACAACAAAAUAGAGUUUGAAAAAUUGUACCAUCGCGCGGUGGAGCAGAAUGGCGCGAUAAAAUGUCACCUGAAAAUGCGCGAAAGAAAGCAAGUUUUGCUCAAUAUUGUGACCUAAUUUGUACUAAUUGCGUCUUUUCGAUCGUAAAAACAAACUCUUGACACUCGUACGGCUUUUUGUUUCCCACAUUCAGACGCCAUCUUGCUUCUGCUUAUAGUGCGAACUAAUUUUAUCGCAAAUCUAUGGC